CUUGGAGACUGCAAGCUUCACUCCACCUCCUGGUGCACUGCUGUUGACCAUCCAUUCUUCGUCUUCCACCACUUAUAUUUUUAUUCUCGGGGCGACAGCCACUUGCAAUCGUCGGUGGUCGACACUUCGACUGUGUGGCUAUUCAUGUCAGCGCUCCUUCCCUCGUGAAGCGCAUUCCUUCGCCAUCCUCCUAUCCGGCCUAAUACCGAGUCUCGCAAAGACGAUAUGCAGCUGUUCAUAGCAUGGACCACGAGGUUGCUUAUGACUUCGAGGACGAAGACCAGUUCUGGACCGUUCUCGACGAGACGAUCUCAAAAGAAUGCGAUAACCAUGGUACUAUCGACGACACUUUGCGAUCCUACUUAAGUCUUGUCGGCUGCUAUCGAGAUCAAUAUCAACCCACCGACUACGAACUCAGUCGAUGCGCCUACAUGCUCCAAGAAUCUGCCCUUUACUCUGUCCAUGCCGACUAUAUCCGGAGACAACUUGUCCAAUGUCUGAUUGAGGACGAUGAACCACAUGUGGUCUUGCUGUCAACUCUCUUCUUGAUAGCCGAUGCCCAAGCCUACGAGCGGACCUACGAAUUAUUGAACGAGGAAGGUGCCUUUCCCCGGCUAGUGGACUUGAUAUCAAGUCCGAAACGACAUGGCCAUGAAGACAUACACAGGUCUCUCUUGGAGUUGCUGUACGAAAUGUCGCGCAUCCAGAAGAUCAAGACCCAUGACCUCGCUCAUGUUGACGAUGACUUCAUCAAGAUGCUCUUCGAAAUUAUAGAACAAGUGUCUGACGAUGUCAACGAUCCAUACCAUUAUCCCACGAUCCGGGUGCUACUAGUCCUCAACGAACAAUUCAUGGUGGCUGCCCACGAUCCCACAAACGGUCAGCCUGGAGUUCCUCUCACCAACAAAGUGAUCAAAGUCCUUUCUGCACAUGGCAGUGCGUACAAGACUUUUGGCGAAAACAUCAUCCUGCUGCUGAACCGAGAAGACGAAACGUCGUUACAGCUACUGACCCUCAAGCUGCUCUACUUGCUCUUCACAACUCCACCUACAUAUGAAUAUUUCUAUACUAAUGAUCUCCGAGUCUUGGUCGACAUCCUGGUUCGGAAUCUUCUUGAUCUGCCGGAAGAAGCCUCGUCUCUACGCCACACAUACCUCCGUGUCCUGUAUCCACUUCUCGAACACACUCAACUUCAAUACCCUCCACAUUAUAAGAGGGAAGAGAUACGGAAGUUGCUUGUUGUGCUGGGAGGAGGUCGGCUAGCUGAGAAUGGUGAAGAGCAGGAUGGAAACCAGCAUUGGGGUCACUUUGAUGACGUUGACGAAACUACUAAACGCCUCGUCAAGCGAUGCGAAGGUGUCAGCUGGCUUACAGAUCCCGAGAAUGAACCACCUCUGCAAGCCGAAUCUCCCACAAGUGAUGUACCUUCCGAUCUCUCGUCGCCAACCUCACCCGCCAAAGGCAAACCGCCCGCUCUCCCAGCCCCGCGAAAGUUAAAGAAGCGGAAUUCCUCAAAAGCGUCGACUUUGACUAUCGGUCAAUACCUUACUCCUCAACUUGAAGGUGCCAGGAAAUCGAGUCUCAGUAUGAUGGAGGUGGCCGCGCAAACAGAGAAGCCUGGAGUGAUCACCCCAAGCAGGAAUCCGACACUAAAGAAUAAUCUCCGUGCUGCGAUUAUACAUAAACAGGACAAACCUCCACCUCCGCCGCAGGCAAGGAGGUCUGGCUGGCCACGACCGAGAAUGCAAUGUCAAUCAACGGAGAUGGAGGUUACAAAGGCGGCAAUUUCCGAGGAACAGCCACCAUCCAAGCCUGAAGUCCCAAGCCGGCAUCACCAUCAUCACAUCCCUUACCCUCCUUUACCACAUUUGAGACAUCGCCCUACGCCGCCUGUCCCUGAUAAGGAGAAAAACAAGGAGAGGGAGCAAAAGUCGACUUCGCCUGAACGGCCCCCUGUGCCGUCUCAUCAUAAAGGUCACUCUACCUCCAAAAAGCCACCACCUGCGCCCAGGUCACGUCGAUGGCGGAAGGAGUCAGGCGGCCCAAAUGGGCCCAGAGAGCCUGGGAAGUUCAGUGCUAACUUACCGUCCAUCAUUACAACUACAACGACGGGCGAAAGAUUUCACGAACCGAGCCCGUCGCCACGAGACAAAACACCAAGUCCACCUGGCUUGGACUCGGCAGGAUCGACAGGCAGUAUGGAGAAACUGGGCGUGAAAGAAGCACUAGAAAAGGCCCAAGUGCAAGCUGUCGACGAUGUCACGGAAGCGCUAGAGCGUGUUGAUCUGGCUGACUCAAAGAACGAGUCUCCAAGUCAAGACCAGUCUAAUGUGCAACCGCAAGUGACAACCGGUCUGGAGAAAGUCGAAGAUGUUUCGGCGGAAGAAAAUAAGGACGACCGCCCUGGAAUAAGCCGAUCUCGCUCCGAAGACGACCUGGACCAGCCUUUCCACGAUGCAAGGCAGACUUUAUCUCACACUCCAUCGCAUGCAUCACCGUCGCCGACCCCUCGUCCGCAGAAUCUGGACCCGACAUUACUUUCGUCCGCCAGCAUGCUGCCUGAACCGAGGCUGGUGCUUACUCCUCCAGGUCAGGAGCCUUCGAGAGGAGUUCCCGGGCCGCAGUACGCGUUGGAAAGGAGUCCAUUCCUGACGGACGAGGAGGAAGAGGUGGGAGAGGAGAGUGAUAAUGACCUUGGUAAUAAUGAUGACGACGGUGGGCACGAAAAGAAGAGGGAAGAAACGGACGGCGAGAAACUAUAAGCCCAAGCCAGCCUCUGCCAUGGUAAUUGGCGAUGAUAUGCAGGGAGAAGCGAUGAUGGAAAUUUACUACAGGGAACCAUGAUCAGACCAACGCCAGAGGUCAUUCAGACCACGAACGACGCGGGGAUUCGGCCACAUGCACGUCGGACCCUGAACGAGGGCCGUAGAAGAUUGAAGCAGUGGCAUAUAGUCCACGUCCCCGGCUGGCUGGCAGCGAGGAGUGAGAUAAUCUAUAUCCGUACGUACGACAUGAUGAACCACUAUUGACCGUGUUGCUUUUCGCCCUCGCUCGAGGUUGGUGCUGAUUUUCAAUAUCGGACCAAAACCGAUCCGGUGGCUUGCCUGUCAUGUAGCAUCGAAAGCCUUUUCAAGAGGUUUCAUCAUGCGGCGUUUGAGGGUUCUCAGAGCAACAAACCAU